GCCGGGCAAGGACCUGGCGACACCGGGAAAGCUAACAACGGGAGGGCCACGCCCCUCUCCCGUGAUGGUCAUCAACAAGAUCAUUCCUUUGUGCACGGUGUCCAUCUAUGGCUUCCUGAACCAUGGCAUGGACGAUUUCUUGUACCUGCAAGCUGGAGAGGCUUCAUGGUUGUGUUCCAUCAAUGUCUCUGAGCAAGACUUAUCGCCUCUGAUCCUUGAGCUUUGUGCGGGCAUGGGAGGGAUGGGUAUUGGUGCUUCCUUCCUUGGUGGCAUGCCUAGCCUUUCCAUUGACUCAAAUGAAUUGGCCUGUUGUCAUUUGAUGGCAAAUUCCCAUGGCAAAGUUUUGAAGUUGGAUAUCAAUCAGGCUCUUCUGAUGCCUCAUGCCUGGCGCACUUAUGGACUUCACCAGUGGCCAGACUCCAGUCCUUAUCAUCAGGUGGUUGGAGACCUCUUCAAGUGUUGGGGCCAAAGGACUGCCGGAACCCCGGCACGACCUGCUCCACCCACAGUCUUUGCGGUUGGCAUCACUCAUUUGGGUGCCUUCGACAUGUGCUUCCUGAACGCCGGCCAGUUCCUGUUUGAAGCACUGCGGAGCUUGGACAUUCAGAUGGUCAACUUUCUGAUGGACAUGGAGGGCAAGGUUGAUGGAGCAGAUUUCAGAGUUUGGAAGACCAUGCGCCUCACCACUUUGCAGAACUGGCCUCCGACCAUGCCUCUGCGCGCUGCGGGCCAACGGGCACAUCACAUGGACCCUUCAACCAUGCUGCAACUUCAUGCAGGCCAUGUCGAUAUGGCAGCCACUGAACUUGCGGCCUGGAUCUCUGAUGAGCUUUCUCUUGGUUGGGCUUUGGAUCCAGGACACCUUUUCCAGCAGUCAGAUGACCACGCGUGUGGUACUGUGGCCCUGUUGCACGUCGGUGUCCCUACUGCCUACUGCGAAUGCAGCAAAAAGUGUCCGGCUGCCAUCAAGAAGCUGGGAGCACCAUCAAUUGCCAACCCCUGGCACGCCCUUAAAGCUUUGACCAGCAAACCGGGCAACAACUUCCAGUACGUCCUCAGAUCUGAUUUGAUGGACUUUAUGGACUCCAAAGCGGCAUCAAAACGUGGAGCUCAGAUCUCAAUGCAGAAGAAAAAGAAGAAGAAGAAGGACAAGAAGCAGAACAAAACACCUUCAGCACCUCCGGUGGCGCCAGAUCCUUCCACUAUUCAGCUCAAUCCAGCUCACUUCAUCGACGAUGAGCGUGACCAAGUGGAACAAAUCCCAUUGGCACAGGUUACAGCUGACUCUCGUGGACUUGCUGAGAUUCCCCACAAUCUGAAAUCACAAGCCAACGUGGUUUCCAUCUGUUUUCCGGCCACUUACUUGCCAACUUCCGAUCCUUUGCUGAUCAACGACUGUCUUCUCCAACUUGGUGAUCAUCCCAUCUCCAGACAGAAAGUGCAAGACCCAGCCAAUAGCAUGGACUUAGCCGCCACCAAUGUCCUGAAGAUCCAGCUGUUCAGAGAUGAGCUUGGCUCCAUAUGGGAGGCGGCAGUUGAGGACAGCAUGGAUCAGAUGAUGUUGGAUCUGUGGGGUAGGCUUUUGAUGACAAAAUAUGAGAAGGGCAUGCAGGGCAUUGUCCAGGCUCUGCAUGAAGAGCUGCUCAGCUACUGGACUCCAACUUGGCAAGCGAUGUCAACAGUUGAACCAUCAACCUGGAAUUGGGUGAUUGCUUUUUUCCAAGCUCAUGUUCCUCAGCUCCAGAUGCAGCUUGGUCCCAUUUCACCUGACCAAUGGUUUGGAGCACUGCGAAAGUACAGAACAAAUGCUGCUAGAGGAGUUGACGGCAUCUCGCCCAAAGACUUGCUCUCUUUGCCCAUGGCUUGGACUUUGAGGUUGUUGGAUCUUUUGCAUGCAAUAGAGCUUGGCCAAUCUGACUGGCCUACUGCCAUUUUGUACGGUGUUGUCAAUGUUUUGGCAAAGGAUGAGGGAGCUUCCACAGUUGAUCGUUUUCGACCAGUGGUGGCUUGGCUUGGUGCGCUGCAAUCUGGGGCGUUUAUGGAUCGAGCGGCGCAAGCUCACUUUGAUAUGGACAAGGACUCUCUUCGUCCUUUGUGUGGCGUGAAGGACACCCAGAGCCAUUGGCUUGACUGCCCUCGCUAUGCCUGGGCGCGCGCUGAAGUGGAAUGUUGGCAAAAUCAUCAUGGGCAUGACGCUGUGGCGUUGCGUUCUCAUCUGCUGCCAUCCAGAUCUCCAUUUGCGGCGGCUUGGAAACGAGCCCUCUUGGAGAUACCCGACACCACGGGGCCUGAAGAGCUGAGUGAACCCAAUGAGCGUGGCGAUGUUUCACUUUUUGGUCUUGCGGAUGAGUUGCAAAUUUCAUUUGGCGAUGUGUACAAUUUAGAUGCCAAUGAACUUGUCAGCACUGCUUGGCCAGUUCACCCGGAGCCGGGCGAUUCGUCGGGCAUGCGACGUCGCUCGGCCUAUUUAGGCAAAGACAUGUGGCCAGUAC